CGGGGAGUCGAGCGCGAGCCGCUGACGGGUCUGGGCCCCACGCGCGCCGGGAGGAGGGAGCCCCCGCCGCAGCCGCGGCUGCCGCGUGCUCAGCCUGUCCCCACCCAGGAGCCGGAGCCUCCCAACUAACUCCGCCCGCCCCGCCCGCGCCCCGCCGCCCGCAGGCUCCCGCUUCCGUCCCGGACUGUGCCCGCGGCCGCGCAGAAUACAAUCUCUCUGAGAGCAAAUAGCCUUGUAUGGCUUGUUCAACACCGUACUCCAAAUACCUGACAUUGUGCCUGGCUCACAGAAGUGCUGUCAACAACCUUCAGAGGUUCUGAAUGAUGACUGACGCGGGUUUGUGUGAUAUCCCUCCCCGUCCCUGUCAUUCCCGAAUGAUAAGGACCCCGCACGUCUAGCCUCAGCACCAGGGCAAAAAGCAGCUCUGGAAAGAGGAAGGCUUCCGCUUGCGGACCGGACCAGAGUACCGCCUUCUCACGGGUCUCUGCCUGAGGCUGGUGAUCCAGACCGGGUGCCUCAUCCAGCUCGCCGCUCUUGCAGGCAGAUGGUGUGUGGCCGCCGCAGGACGCCCUGGGCGCCCGGGCCAUGAAGUAGCGGCUGCUGGCGGCGCUGCUGCCCGACCGCCGGCCCCAGCCCAGCGCGGCGCUGCCGGGUCCUCUCCCCGCGGGGCCGGAGCGGCGUGGACAUGGCUGGCGUUCGCAGCCUGCUAGUGCUCCUCCUUGUUUUUGAAAGCAGCUGUUUGGGUUUCAGAAGCCCACUUUCUGUCUUUAAGAGGUUUAAAGAAACUACCAGAUCAUUUUCUGAUACGUACUUCUGCAUGUCAAUGCGUUUGCCAACGGAUGAGGAAGCCUUCGUGAUUGACUUCCAGCCUCGUGCCAGCAUGGAUACUGUCCAUCAUAUGUUACUUUUUGGAUGCAAUAUGCCUUCGUCCACUGGAAGCUACUGGUUUUGUGAUGAAGGAACCUGUAUAGAUAAAUCCAAUAUUCUGUAUGCCUGGGCAAGAAACGCUCCCCCUACCAGACUCCCCAAAGGUGUUGGAUUCAGAGUUGGAGGAGAGACCGGAAGUAAAUACUUUGUACUGCAAGUACAUUAUGGGGAUAUUAGUGCUUUUAGAGAUAAUCACAAGGAUUGUUCCGGUGUGUCCUUACACCUCACACGCCUGCCGCAGCCUUUAAUUGCUGGCAUGUACCUUAUGAUGUCUGUUGACACUGUUAUACCAGCAGGAGAGAAAGUGGUGAAUUCUGACAUUUCAUGUCAUUAUAAAAAGUAUCCAAUGCAUGUCUUUGCCUAUAGAGUUCACACUCACCGUUUAGGUAAGGUAGUAAGUGGAUACAGAGUGAGAAAUGAACAGUGGACACUGAUUGGACGCCAGAGCCCCCAGCUGCCACAGGCCUUCUACCCUGUGGAACACCCAGUAGAUAUUAGUUUUGGUGACAUAUUGGCAGCAAGAUGUGUAUUCACUGGUGAAGGAAGGACAGAAGCCACACACAUUGGUGGCACAUCUAGUGAUGAAAUGUGCAACUUAUACAUUAUGUAUUAUAUGGAAGCCAAGCAUGCAGUUUCUUUCAUGACCUGUACACAGAAUGUAGCUCCAGAUAUGUUCAGAACCAUACCACCAGAGGCCAAUAUUCCCAUUCCUGUAAAGCCUGAUAUGGUUAUGAUGCAUGGACAUCACAAAGAAACAGAGAGCAAAGAUAAGACUUCUUUACUCCAGCAGCCAAAACGAGAAGAAGAAGAAGUGUUAGAACAGGGUGAUUUCUAUUCACUGCUUUCCAAGCUGCUAGGAGAAAGGGAAGAUGUUGUUCAUGUGCAUAAAUAUAACCCUGCAGAAAAGGCAGAAUCAGAGUCAUACCUGGUAGCUGAGAUUGCAAACGUAGUCCAAAAGAAGGACCUUGGUCGAUCUGACACGCGAGAGGGUGCAGAACAUGAGGAGAGGGGCAAUGCUAUUCUUGUCAGAGACAGAAUUCACAAAUUUCACAGACUAGAAUCCACUCUGAGGCCAGCAGAGAGCAGAGGUUUCUCAUUACAGCAGCCCGUACCUGGUGAAGGCACCUGGGAACCAGAACACACAGGAGAUUUCCAUGUAGAAGAGGCACUGGAUUGGCCUGGAGUAUACUUACUACCAGGCCAGGUUUCUGGGGUGGCUCUGGACCCUAAGAAUAACCUGGUGAUUUUCCACAGAGGUGACCACGUCUGGGAUGGAAACUCUUUUGACAGCAAGUUUGUUUACCAGCAAAGAGGACUUGGGCCAAUUGAGGAAGACACUAUUCUUGUCAUAGAUCCAAAUAAUGCUACAAUACUGCAGUCCAGUGGGAAAAGCCUGUUUUACUUGCCACAUGGCUUGAGUGUAGAUAAAGAUGGAAAUUUCUGGGUCACAGACGUGGCUCUGCAUCAGGUGUUCAAACUGGAUCCCAACAGUAAAAAAGGCCCUCUGUUAAUCCUGGGAAGGAGCAUGCAACCAGGCAGUGACCAGAAUCACUUCUGUCAACCCACCGAUGUGGCUGUGGACCCAGACACUGGAAACAUCUUUGUAUCAGAUGGCUACUGCAACAGUAGGAUUAUGCAGUUUUCACCAAGUGGAAAUUUCAUCACACAGUGGGGAGAAGAGUCUUCAGGGAUAAAUCCUAAACCAGGCCAGUUCACUGUUCCUCACAGUCUGGCUCUUGUGCCUCAUUUGGGUCAAUUAUGUGUGGCGGACAGGGAAAAUGGUCGGAUCCAGUGUUUUAAAACUGACACCAAAGAAUUUGUGCAAGAGAUUAAGCAUGCGUCAUUUGGAAGAAAUGUAUUUGCAAUUUCAUAUGUAUCAGGUUUGCUCUUUGCGGUGAACGGGAAGCCUUACUUUGGGGACCAAGAACCUGUACAAGGAUUUGUGAUGAACUUUUCCAAUGGGGAAAUUAUAGACGUCUUCAAGCCAGUGCGCAAGCACUUUGACAUGCCUCAUGACAUCGUUGCCUCUGAAGACGGGACUGUGUACGUCGGAGAUGCUCACACCAACACCGUGUGGAAGUUCACCUCAGCUGAAAGUACGGUUUUCACAGCCUUAUGGUCCACAUUUUUCUCAGCCACAUUGCUUAAAAACAUAAUCGUGGUUGAUUUGACUGGGUUGAGGUGUGUGGGAGGGUUUUGGAAUCUUUUGAGUUGGUUGAAUGUUGUGAACUCUUCUCUCCCUGAAGAAUCCGAGGCAGUUGUUGACACCAAAAUGGAGAACAAUCCCACCUCCUCAAAACUGCAGAAGAUACAAGAGAAACAGAAACUGAUCAAAGAGCCAGAUUCCGGAGUGCCUGUGGUUCUCAUUACAACCCUCCUAGUUAUUCCGGUGGUUGUCCUGCUGGCCAUUGUCAUAUUUAUUCGGUGGAAAAAAUCAAGGGCCUUUGGAGCAGAUUCUGAACACAAACUCGAGGCAAGCUCAGGAAGACUGCUGGGAAAACUUAGAGGAAAGGGAAGUGGAGGCUUAAACCUUGGAAAUUUCUUUGCAAGUCGUAAAGGCUACAGUCGAAAAGGGUUCGACCGCCUUAGCACCGAGGGAAGUGACCAAGAGAAAGAUGAAGAUGACGGAAGUGAAUCAGAAGAGGAGUAUUCGGCUCCUCUGCCCGUACCCACAACUUCCUCAUCCUGAAAGCUGGGCUUUGAUUAGGCUGAUAAGAUUUACCAGGAAUGCCCAAUUCCUUUCCCUUUAGCACGUUAAGAGUUUUGUGUGUUUAAUUGUAAACUGUACUACUCUAUGUGGGAUUAUACACAUUUUAUUUACUUCAUAUGGUUUAGUUCGCUUCUGUUUCUAGUUGAGGUGUUUCCUAAACGUUCAUAACAGUGCCAUUGUCUUUAUAUGAACAUAGACUAGAGAAACAGUCUUCUUCUUCCAUCGCACUACUAACUUCAUGAUGGAAGGUUUGCUCAUUCACAUUUUUGAGACUUUUCUGUAGAUGUAAAUAACCCUAUUUUCUGCUUGGACACAGUAUUUUCCCAAUAGCGCUUCCAUUGCCAGUGUCUUUCUUUGGUGCCUUUCCUGUUCAGCAUUCUCAGCCUGUGGCAGUAAAGAGAAACUCGAUGCUACAUGAUGACAAAGCUGCUAAAUCUCCUUCUAUUUUUUUAAAAUCACUAGCAUUAUAUUGCAAUGAGGGAAAGAAAAAAAAAAGUCUCUAUUUAAAUUCUUUUUGAAUUUUCUUCUUCGGUUGGUGUGUUUUUGGGAUGUCUUAUUUUUAGAUGGUUACACUGUUAGAACACUAUUUUCAGAACCUGAAUGUAAUUUGUGUAAUAAAGUGUUUUCAGAGCAUUA